UAGUCUGUGGUCCGUUUAUGAGAGUGACGUAUGAUCGGACGAAACGAAAACGAAAGAAAAGCCUCUUGUGCCGUUGUUAUCUUCUAUUUUAACUGAAGAAUGGAGACAAACGGCCAGGGUAAUGGGCUUAGAUCAAAAAAGAAAGAUAACGGCGAUGGAAAAGAUAACCUAUGGUCUGCUAUUUUAGAGGAGGUACAGAAUCAAGGAAAUACAAAAUUACCUUCAAACAAAAAUGUUCUAGUUUUGGGUGAUAACGAAACUGGAAAGACCACACUUAUAGCUAAAUUACAAGGGGUAGAGGACCCUAAGAAAGGGUCUGCUCUCGAAUAUGCUUAUAUUGAUGUCAGAGAUGAGUACCGAGAUGAUCACACCCGGCUAAGCGUUUGGGUGUUAGACGGAGACCCAGGUCACACAAAUUUGCUCAAGUUUGCACUAAAUGAAGAUACAUUCCCUCACACACUGGUCAUAUUCACGGUGGCCAUGACCACACCCUGGGGUAUACUGGACCAGUUACAGAGCUGGGCAUCCAUCCUUGGUGAUCACAUAGACAAAUUGGAUCUCACACCAGAACAAAGGUUACAAAGUAAAAAGCAACAAGUACAGAAAUGGUUAAGGUAUACGGAGCCGGGCGACGAGUUGGAGCCGACGGCGUCGUCGCCCAUGAAGCGUUCGUCGAGGAAUCUGUCCGACGAGCUCGACAGCGACGACGAGGACAACCCCCUGCCCGAGGAGGUGUUGACCACCAACCUGGGGCUGGACAUCGUCGUAGUUGCUACAAAGACUGACUACAUGAGCACCCUGGAGAAGGAGCACGACUACCGCGACGAGCACUUCGACUUCAUGCAGCAGUGGAUCCGGCGGUUCUGCCUGCGGUACGGCGCGGCGCUCUUCUACACCAGCGCCAAGGAGGACAAGAACUGCGACCUCCUGUACAAGUACCUCACGCACCGGAUAUACCGCCUGCCCUUCCGCACGCCCGCGCUGAUCGUGGAGAAGGACGCGGUGCUCAUUCCGGCGGGCUGGGACAGCAUGAAGAAGAUCAGCAUCCUGUACGAGAACAUGCAGUCGUGCAAGCCCGACGACUACUACCGCGACGUCAUCGUGCAGCCAGCAACUAGGAAGAGCGGCGGUCAGCGCGAGGCGGAGGUGUUGGCUGAGGACGAGCAGGCGUUCCUGCAGCGGCAGCUCACCGCGCUGCAGGCGGGGACGCCCGCGCCACGAGCCGACUCGCCGCUUAGGGCUCCGAGGGCGCCUAUAGACGCCAAGCUGACCCCCGGAGCGCCGGGCAACGAGGGCGUGCUGGCGAAUUUCUUCAACUCGCUGUUGUAUAAGAAGACCGGAUCCCCGGGGCGGGCGGACGCGCCGGCGGCGGCCGCGCGCUCCGACGCCGCGGCCGAGCUCGACCGCCUCACGAGGGCGAAGCGCCCGCCAGCCACGCCUCCCGCCCCCGCGCCGCCCCUAGAUCUCUCGUCUUCCGACUGCUAGCCGCAGAUGGAGUAGAGCGCCGCCCGCCGUUGCGGGACCACUUAUCGCUGGCUUGUACUUUGGGCACAUAUUACUGCGUGCCCGACCACGAAACCUCUGAGAUUCUUCAUGUGAUCGCUUAUCGCACCCGCCCGCGUCGCCACGUGGCGAGGCGACAGCCGUGAGAUGUUGGAAUUUAUACUGUAUUUAUACAACGCUAGAAUCUAUUUUCGUCUAAAUGUAAACAGCUCAGCUGAUAUAAUGCUAUCAAUUCAAAUGUCGCGUAUUAACCGCGCAAUGAAGCAUUACAAUGGCACAUUCGUUCGGUCGAGUUUUUUGGUUACAUUUAGAUAAAAAUGUUUCUAAAUGUAGAAAUGGCGUUAUGUCGUAGACAGACGCGUAUGGCAGCACGCGACGACUCCCACUGUGCUACAGCAAUGAAGCGAGGCGGAGAGUUUCCUUAGUAAUUGUUUAUGUGUAAUAUGUUUUACGAUAUUAAGUAUUUAUUUAAUUAAUAUACGUUCGAGUUGAGCGACUGAAGCUCGGUGGAUGCUCGAUGUAUCGAGAGAAUUUAAUUAAUAGGCAGGUGGCAGACCUAUGUCAUUCGGUUGGAUAAUUUCAAUGUUAGUCGUGAUCAUUAGAUCUAUAGGCUUGACUUGAUACACCCCUACAAAAUAACGAGGAAGCGCCAUAUUCUGCCUAUGAAUUCAUGUAUCUGGUGGUCAAAAUAAUAUGCAACGUCGAGCAUACUUAUGUUAUCAGUUGAAAUAAUGCAGUGUGCGAUUGUUUGAACACAGAAUUCAACUAAUAAAUUACAACGCUAUUCAGAAUAUCAAAUAACGGUAACUUAUAUUAAAUCUAGUGUAGCAAACAAAACUUAUUUCCAUCAAAGUAUUUAACUAAAAAAUGCUUAGUAUUAAGGAAGUUCUGUGUUAAAACAAUACAAAAUUGGUUUUGUUUGUGUGAAGAGAUGUGUCAUGCACAAGACAGUCGCAGAUUUGUACAAAACAUCAUCUCAAUCAUAUUUCGUUCCUUAACUCAAUGGAUACAUAUAGAUCACACCGCAGACUCACACUCUGUUUACUAUGUUACUACUAAAGUACUAGAAAAAUAUUAACAUACGAAUAAAACUAUAUCGAUUUUCAAUAAUAAAAUUAACAUAAAAUAAAAAAUACACAUUUUGUACAAACAAAAAUCCUAGAUCUAAAUUUGGAAUGUAGUCUUAUUUAAUUUAAAGUAUUGGUACAUGAGAUAUUACAGGCUAUUUAUGUAAAUUUAGUUAAUUCCUAGUUUGUAAUGGUGACCUUUGUGUUUUGUCGAAAUAUUUCGAAAAAAGUGAUUUUAAAAUAUACAAAAUGGAAA